GCUUUGCUGAAGGGGGAGGCAGACUUUCCACGCCGCCUGCAGCCCUGUGCACAGAGGACUCAGCAGUCUCUGGCUGGCCUGCUGGGAAGUUGAAUUGUGGGACGAAGCUCACGUCUGGCUGGCAUUUUCUCGGUGAUCAGGACGGGGUGCAGUCAGACUGGUGACUGUGGGACUUCUGUGCCCUCUGCAAGAGAACAUGGAGCCCGGUAUAGUGUUGGCGCUGACCCUGCUCGGUGGGAUCUUCUCCUGGGGGGAGGUGACCUGCGACCCUGAGGGUGUUCAUUUGUUAAAUAUGACCAUAAAAAGCUUUCACGGUUUUCAUGAUUAUGGUGAAUUUGAGGAUAUACCAGAUGAUGCCAUAGAUGAAUCUGGAGAAGGAUCUGGAAAUGAAGUUGUCAUUUCUCGAAGCCUUAGUCCAAGGAAAACAUCUCAAACAAAUGUUACAAAGGAAGGAGAAUAUUAUCUCACCAGCCCAUGGUUGACCAAGUUUAUUCCUUCGGUAUAUACCCUUGUGUUCGUUUUGGCAUUGCCCCUGAAUGUGAUGGCAAUUAUUAUCUUCUUGACCAAGAUGAAAGUCCGAAAACCAGCAGUGGUUUACAUGCUGAACCUGGCAGUGGCUGAUGUUUGCUUUGUGACUGUUCUACCUUUCUUAAUAGCUUACCGCUUCUCAGGAAACAACUGGCGGUUUGGAGCUGGGAUGUGCCGCUUUGUUACAGCUGCCUUUUACUGCAACAUGUACUGCUCCAUCCAGCUAAUGACAAGUAUCAGCGUGGACAGGUUCCUAGCCGUGGUCUUCCCAAUGCACUCUCUUUCCUGGCGCACUGUAGGCCGUUCCUGGAUGGUCUGCAUUCUCAUUUGGACAACAUCGAUAGUGGGCACUGUACCUCUCCUCAUAACCGAGCAAACUAAAUAUAUUUCUGGACUGGGCAUCACCACCUGCCACGAUGUGCUAGACUUGAAAGACCAACAGACAUUUUACGUAUACUAUUUUUCUGUCUAUUGUUUGCUCUUCUUUUUCUUGCCUUUAAUCACCACAACCAUCUCCUAUAUUGGAAUUAUUAGGAGACUCAGCUUAUCAAACAUAGAGAACACUUGCAAGAAGACACGCGCUUUGUUCCUGGCAGUCGUCGUGUUGUGUGUGUUUGUGAUUUGUUUUGGGCCAACCAAUGCAAUCUUCCUAACACAUUAUUUGAUCAAUGCUAAGGAGUCCCUGUAUUUUACCUAUAUUAUGUGUGCUUGUGUUAGUAGUGUUAGCUGCUGCCUUGACCCCCUAAUUUACUACUAUGCCUCCUCUCAGUGCCAGAAAUAUGUGUACAGCGUGCUCUGCUGUAAGAAGGUCACUGAGCCAGGAGGCAGCAGCACUGGUCACCUCAUGAGCACCGCUGUCAAAAAUGACAUCGGCUCAACCAGCGCGAAAAAUAGCAUCUAUCGGAAGCUUUUGACUUAAAUAUUGACCAUAAAAUAUUAUAUAGGCAUGUAAUUUUAGCGGCACAUUAUUUGCCGCCUCUGUUUUGUGAUUGUACAAAAUGGUCUAUAUCUGUGUACAAUGAAGUGAAAGUAGCAUUGUAAUGCCAAGAUCUGUUGUAUAUGAGGCAUGGGGUGAGAGAAUAAGAGUGAAAAAAACAUGUAAAAUUCAUUGAUAAUAGCACAGUAAGCCGAUAUGUGUUUUAUGGAUUCCAAGAGACUUUCCUAAAUGAUAGCAUAUAUAUUAAUAUAGUAUCUAUAAACUCUCUGUAUAUAAUAAUAUAUGUCAUUCCCAUUGUACAUAUUAUGGGUCUGCAAGCACAGACCAAUCUACAUGUUUUUCAUGAGCUUCCGGUUGUAAAACCGGGUUCAAACCAUAUUUUGAUGUAAAAAUCUGCAGAAUGGGGCAAUUACCUUAAUUUCAUUUAACUUUUAAU